AUGAAGUACCGUGAUGUUGCUGUUGAGCGGUUACCUUUUCAUGAGGAAGGGUGUAAUAGAGUGUAUUUUCAUGAUAAUGAUGAGGUUGAGGAAGUUGCCCAACGUGCUACGGCUAGCAUGUCAAAAUUUACUGAAUGGUUUCGUGCAAAUGAAAGGUUUCCGCAUGGUCGUUCUUUGACAUAUGUAGAAUUUCCAACAAAGUUCACUUGGCAUGAAAAGGAGAAGGAGUGGUUGCCACGACAUAGGGUGACUUCUAUUGGCCGCAUUUAUUAUGUGAGCCCAUCAAUGGGUGAAAAGUAUUACCUCCGUAUGUUAUUAAAUGUUCAACGUGGGCCAUUAAGCUUUAAAGACAUUCGUACGGUUGAUGGUGUUGAGCAUCCAACUUAUAUGUCUGCUUGCAAUGCGUUGGGUUUGUUAGGAGAUGAUGUUGAGUGGGUAGAUUCAAUACGUGAAGCUUCUCAAUGGCAGUUGGGGAAUCAACUUCAUGAUAUUGCUUACAAUCGACGCACAAUGCUGCAGAAUGAUGAUGUGGUAUUCACAGAUGAAGAGAUUCUCAAUUAUACAUUGAUUGAGAUUGAAAGAGUUUUAAUUGGUCAUGGUAAAAGUUUAUUAGAUUUUCCUAAUUUGCCUCAAAUUGAUCGUCAAUUGGUUGAUACUAUGGAAAAUCGGUUGAUUAUGGCUGAGCGCACCUUCAAUAUUGAAGAAGAAAUGACGCUUUUUCAUGAUUUAUUUCGUGGAUUGAAUGUUGAACAAAGGGAGGUGUUUGAUUAUGUAUGUGAUUGUGUUGAUAGACGGACGGGUGGUGCUGUUUUUGUUUUUGGUAGUGGAGGGACGGGAAAAACGUAUUUAUGGAAGACUCUCAUUUCCUGUUUUCGUUCACGUGGCCAAAUCGUCUUGUCUGUUGCUUCUUCUGGGAUUGCCUCUCUCUACUACCUGGAUUCUUGCUGCUCGAUUGAUGUUGGGACGGAUCUUGCUGGGCUGAUUAAUGAUGCCGCGCUUAUAAUAUGGGAUGAGGCACCGUUGCAACAUCGUUAUGCAUUUGAAGCGGUUGACCGUACUUUUAGAGAUAUUUGUCGAAAUAAUAUACCUGGUGCAGACCGUCGAGUAUUUGGAGGGAAAUGUGUCGCUCUUGGAGGAGACUUUCGGCAAAUUCUUCCUGUUAUUCCGCUUGCUCCGCGUAGUGAGAUUGUUGCUUCGGUUGUGAAUAAGUCAUCGACUAUAUGGGGUUCGUGUAAGGUGUUUUCUUUAACGAUUAAUAUGCGGUUGAAUAGUUCAAGUGUUAAUGACGAUGUUGUAAUACAACAUCGAGAUUUCAAUAAGUGGAUUUUAGAUAUGGGGUCUGGUCGUCUUCCUGCAAUUUCGCUAGACGGGGAAGAUGAGAGAACUUGGAUUAAUAUACCUCGCGAUCUAUUGAUUCCUGUUUCAGAUAAUCCUAUUGAAUCAGUUGUUUCAGAUACAUUUCCUAAUAUAGAAGAACGAUUCACUGAUGUUUCUUACCUACAGGAGCGCUGUAUUUUAUCAUCGACUAACAAUGAGGUUGAUACGAUUAAUCUACAUGUUCUUGAUAAGUUGCCAGGUGACAAUCAUGAGUUAUUUAGUCUCGAUUCCAUUUGUGCAAGUACAAAUAAUAUUGAAGAAAUGCAGGCUAUGUAUCCUACGGAGUUUCUUAAUACUUUACAUUUUUCUGGCUUACCGAAUCACAUAUUAAAGUUAAAGGUUGGGGCACCGAUCAUACUGCUACGUAACUUGAAUCUCAAGAAAGGAUUGUGUAAUGGGACCCGUUUAGUGGUUACUCAAAUAAGUCGUCGUGUUAUUGAGGGCGUUAUUAUUACGGGUACGCAUGUUGGAGAAAGAGCUUUUAUUUCAAGAAUCGAUAUGACUCCAACUUCUACAUGUUGGCCUUUCCACUUUAAGAGAAGACAGUUUCCCGUGAAACUAUGUUUUGCUAUGACAAUUAAUAAAAGUCAGGGCCAAACAUUUAAACAUGUUUGUGGUUACUUGGUAAAGCCUGUUUUUUCACAUGGUCAGCUUUAUGUGAUUGCCUCCCGUGUUACAUCUCGAUCUGGUCUACGAUUUUAUGUUGAUAAUGAUGGUUCUCAUAAUAUAGAAUGGGACAUCCGGUACAUUUCAGACUUGAUGCCUGGUAUUACUGACCAAUGGAUUGUUCAAUUCCAUGCAAAAAUUCCUUUUCAUUUGAUGCAUCUUUUUACUAAUCGUUUGGAGGAUGGUUGCGUGUAUAGGCUAUAUGGUUUUGAGGUUCUUGUAUACGAUUCAUGGUAUCGUCCGUUGAAACGUGAUUGCUAUGUUAAGUUUAUGCGGAUCUACGUCAAUUAG